AUGCUUACUCUUACUUCGUCGCUUUCUCAAGGUGGACGUGGCAUGGAACUUUCCGAGUUGGUUACUUUCGACGGUAAGCUCUACACGGUUGAUGAUCGUACAGGUGUGAUUUACUUGAUCAGAAACGAACAGGUGAUUCCCUGGGUUAUUCUAACAGAUGGUAAUGGAAUCAGUAACAAAGGUUUCAAGUGUGAGUGGGCAUGUGUGAAGGAUGAGAAGCUUUAUGUAGGAAGUUUAGGCAAAGAGUGGACAUCACGCACAGGAAUUGUACAGAACCUGAACCCUCAAUGGGUUAAGGUAAUUGAUCGUAAUGGUGCUGUCACUCACAUUGAUUGGCAUGAAAAUUAUAAUGCAUUAAGAAAGAAAACUGGAACGUUGCUGCCUGGUUAUUUGAUCCAUGAAUCUGCUGUAUGGAGCGCAGUCCACCAGCGUUGGUUCUUCCUGCCAAGACGCCUCAGCCAACAGGCAUAUGAUGAAACAGCUGAUGAGCGAAGAGCAACCAACAUUCUGUUAAGUUGCAAUGAACAUUUUGGUCAAGUCAAGGUCACUCGUAUUGGAAACCUGAACCCAACUCAUGGCUACUCAACAUUUAAGUUUGUGCCUAGCACACAAGACACUGUGAUAAUUGCAUUAAAGUCAGAAGAAGAUGAUGGCAACAUUGCAUCAUAUAUUCAAGCAUUCAAUAUCAAUGGGCAUGUCCUACUGUCUGAGACCAAAAUUGGUGACCAAAAGUUUGAAGGGAUUGAGUUUAUUUAA